AUGCCUGUGUACAAACACUACACCCCUGUCGGUUUGAGUAAUGCGGGCUUCUUUCGGCGUUUGUUAUGGCGUCGUCCGACUUCGCUCUGGCGGUUCGCGGAGAAACAGGGCUCCAAAAAGCCUGACGUUAAAACGGAGUCAUCUGGUCCCAAAACCAAGAUUGAAUUCCAAUUUUCAUUUGGUAGCAGUGGUAGUGGCGGCUCCAAGGUGUCCCAGUCACCAAAUUCAUGGAAUAUUGGUCCUUGGAUUGUCGCAGGAGUCGUCGGAGUGGGUGUUUUGAUGGGUUAUAAUGCCUCAAGGUAUAAGAAGGUCUCGUGGAAAGAAUUCGCGGAGAACUUUCUUCAGGCCGGUCGCGUCAACCACUUGGAGGUAGUGAAUAAGGAGUGGGUACGCGUUUACCUUCAACCCCCAGGAGUUGGGCGUGGUCGCGAUAGUGAUUCGGGAGAUGCUUAUGACGCCUCUCUCGCAACCUCGACUUCUUCCCUCACCAGUUCCACCGAACCCAUUUAUUGGUUCGAAAUAGGUGCUGUUGACACAUUUGAGCGCGGUCUUCGUGAACUUGAAGCAAACCUUGGUGUUGAUCCUAUCAAUCGCGUACCGAUCAAUUACAAGUCUCAAUUUAGGCCGUCAGACAUCUUCUAUAUGGCAUUUUAUGCAGCUCUGAUAGGCGCAGCAAUCUAUUCCUUCCGAUCCACUUCUGGUGGUGUUGUUCGCAAACCUGGAAUGGGUUCGAGUCUCUUCAACUUUGGUCAGUCUCCUGUUCGUCUGAUUGAAAAAGAUAAAAUUGGUGUGAGUUUCUCUGAUGUUGCGGGUUGUGAAGAGGCUAAGUUGGAAAUCAUCGAAUUCGUCAACUUCCUCAAAAACCCCGGUCGUUACGAGGCACUUGGUGCCAAAAUUCCUCGUGGAGCUAUCCUUAAGGGUCCUCCAGGGACGGGCAAAACGCUAUUAGCCAAGGCGACGGCGGGCGAGGCCAACGUCCCCUUCCUUUCGGUAUCGGGCAGUGAAUUCCUCGAGAUGUUUGUCGGUGUCGGUCCAAAGCGCGUUCGCGACAUGUUCAGUCAGGCACGCUCUAAAGCACCUUGCAUUCUGUUCAUUGACGAAAUCGACGCUAUUGGUGGAAAGCGCUCUGGUUCCUCUUUUGGUCAUCAGGAACGGGAGAACACACUGAAUCAGCUUCUUGUCGAGAUGGACGGAUUUACAACUCAAGAAAAUGUUGUGGUGCUCGCUGCCACCAACCGAAUUGACAUUCUCGAUCCAGCCCUGCUGCGCCCUGGUCGUUUCGAUCGUCAGAUCUACGUCUCCCUUCCAGACAUCAAAGGACGCGCUUCUAUCUUCAAGGUUCACUUGAAGCCGUUAAAGUCGGCACUGGACAAGGUAGAGGUGGCGCGUCGCAUGGCAGCCCGCACACCGGGCUUCUCGGGGGCGGACAUUGCAAGUGUUUGCAAUGAGGCUGCCCUCAUUGCGGCUCGCGAGGAUGCGAAGUCAGUUGAUCUCAGUCACUUUGACGCCGCCAUUGAUAGGGUCAUCGCAGGAUUGGAGAAGAAAAGUCAGGUGCUGCAGCCAGAGGAGAAGAAGACAGUGGCCUAUCACGAAGCAGGGCACGCUACUGUGGGGUGGUUCCUGGAGCACUGCAACCCUCUUUUAAAGAUUUCUAUUAUUCCGAGGGGCAAGGCGCUGGGUUACACGCAGUACCAACCGCGCGACGCAUACCUACAUACUCAAGCUCAGAUGCUCGAUGAGAUGUGCCUCGCCCUUGGUGGCCGCGCCAGUGAACAAGUCUUCUUUGGCAAGGUCGGCUCUGGUGCCAUGGACGACCUCCAACGCGUUACUCGAUCUGCCUAUGCUCAGGUUGUUCAACUGGGUUUCUCUCCAAAAGUGGGCAACCUCUCCUUUGAUCUACCUCAGCAAGGUGAGCCGGUCAUGACGAAGCCCUAUUCAGAGCACACUGCCCAAAUAAUCGACGAAGAGGUGCGGGAUCUUGUUGCUAGGGCCUAUGAUCGAACCCUUAAACUUGUUGAAGAGCAUAAAGGUCACAUCGAGGCUUUGGCGCUUCGACUUCUGGAGAAGGAACAACUUCAGAAGGAGGAUUUAGUGGAAAUACUUGGCCCACGACCCUUCCAAGAAAAAAGUACCUACGAGGAGCUUAUUGGAUCUGGUCCACUUGACGAGGAGACUGAUCUUCCACCUGGCCUUAAGGAUUGGAAUAAGGAACCUGACCCCCAACCCAAUGCUUGA